GUUGAUUGUUUUCUUGCCUUUGACGGUUUUCAUUAUUUUUUUCCCCACAGUCCCUGAAGGCAGCAUGACAGCGGAGGGAAGAUGGCGUCCUGCAGAAACUGUUUUUGUUGCCAGUGUUGCUGCCGAGAAGAGGAGCCGCGGACGCCGGAGGAGCUGACUAUUCUCGGGGAAAUCCGAGAUGAUGAAGAUGAGAUUCUGCCCAGGAAGGACUAUGAGAGUUUGGAUUACGACCGCUGCAUCAACGAGCCGUAUGUGGAGGUUCUGGACGGUCUGGACAAUAAGAAAGCCAGGCAGUACGAAGCGGUGCGCUGGGUCAUGGUGUUUGUGAUCGGCGUCGCCGUGGGUCUGGUUGGACUCUUUGUGGACUUCUUUGUGCAUCUCUUCACUAAAAUCAAGUUCUCCCUGGUCGGUGACUCUAUAGAGCGGUGCACCGAUAAAGGCUGCCUGUCUCUGUCUCUACUGGAGCUCCUCACCUUCAACCUGGUGUUUGUCUUCAUCGCCAGCGUCCUCGUCCUCAUCGAGCCCGUGGCUUCAGGUUCUGGCAUCCCAGAGAUCAAGAGCUACCUGAACGGAGUGAAGAUCCCGGGAAUCGUUCGGCUGCGAACGUUUCUCUGCAAAGCCGCCGGCGUCCUGUUCAGUGUGGCUGGAGGUCUGUUUGUGGGAAAAGAAGGUCCGAUGAUCCACAGUGGAGCCAUAGUGGGAGCAGGACUUCCUCAGUUUCAGAGCAUCACUUUCAAGAGGAUCAAGUUUGAUUUCCCGUAUUUCCGCAGUGACAGGGACAAGCGAGACUUUGUGUCGGCUGGAGCGGCUGCUGGAGUCGCCGCUGCCUUCGGGGCUCCAAUAGGGGGCACUCUCUUCAGUCUGGAGGAGGGCUCUUCAUUCUGGAACCAGGCCCUCACCUGGAAAGUGCUCUUCUGCUCCAUGUCGGCCACUUUCACGCUGAACUUCUUCCGCUCCGGGAUCAACUUUAACAAAUGGGGCUCCUUCCAGCUGCCUGGACUCCUGAACUUUGGAGAGUUUAAGUGUUCAGAUGGAGACAAGCGGUGCCACCUGUGGACCGCCGUGGACCUGGGCUUCUUCGUCCUCAUGGGUGUGGUGGGGGGCCUGCUGGGGGCGCUCUUCAACUGCAUGAACAAGUGCCUGGCCAAGUAUCGCAUGCGGCACAUCCAUCCUAAAGCCAAGUUCAUCAGAGUGCUGGAGAGCCUGCUGGUCGCCAUGGUGACCACAGUGGUGAUAUUUUCUGCCUCGGUUCUGGUGGGUGAAUGCCGUGACCUUUCCUCCCCGACGCCUAGUAACUCUACGCUUUCAGGCGGCGACGACAUCAACUCCACCAUCCGGCAGUUCUUCUGCUCCAAUCAAACCUACAACGACAUGGCCACGCUGUUCUUCAACCCGCAGGAGGCCGCCAUCCACCAGCUCUUCCACCAGGACGGAACCUUCAGCCCGGCCACUCUGUCCAUCUUCUUCCUGCUCUACUUCCUGUUGGCCUGUUGGACGUACGGCGUCUCUGUCCCCAGCGGGCUCUUCGUCCCGUCUCUGCUGUGCGGCGCGGCGUUCGGACGUCUGGUGGCAAACAUCCUCAAAGUGAAGCUGGGCCUGCAAAUCUACUCUGGGACCUUCGCCCUUAUCGGAGCCGCCGCCUUCCUGGGGGGCGUGGUCAGGAUGACCAUCAGCCUCACAGUCAUCCUCAUCGAAUCCACCAAUGAGAUCACCUACGGGCUGCCCAUCAUGAUCACUCUAAUGGUGGCUAAAUGGACCGGAGACUUCUUCAACAAGGGCAUCUAUGACAUCCACAUCCAGCUGAAAGGAGUCCCUCUGCUGGAGUGGGAGACGGAGGUGGAGAUGGACAAGCUGACGGCCAGCGACAUCAUGGAGCCCAACCUGACCUUCGUUUACCCCCACACCCGGGUCCAGUCUCUGGUCAGUAUCCUGCGGACCACCGUCUACCACGCCUUCCCCGUGGUCACAGAAAACCGGCAGAACGAGCAGGACUUCAUGAAGGGCAACAUCCUGAUCAGCAACAACAUUCGCUUCAAGAAAACCAACAUAGUUUCCCGUGCGGCGGAGCAGCGGCGGCGCUGCCAGUCCAUGAAGUCGUACCCGUCCAGCGAGCUGAGGAACAUUUGUGACGAGCAGAAUGCGGCGGGGGCGGAGCCUGCCGAGGAGGGGGAGGACCUGCUGCAGCAGAUGUUGGAGAGAAGGCACGCUCCCUACCCCAACCUCUGCCCAGACCAGUCUCCCAGCGAGGAGUGGACCAUGGAGGAGCAGUUCAGGCCGCUCACCUUCCACGGCCUCAUCCUGCGCUCCCAGCUGGUUAGCCUUCUCAUCCGAGGCGUCUGCUACGCCGAGAACCAGUCGAGCGCCACUCAGCCCAGGCUGUCGUUCUCCGAGAUGACCGAGGAUUACCCUCGUUACCCAGAUAUCCACGAGGUGGACCUGGCGCUGCUCAACCCUCGGAUGAUCGUGGACGUCACGCCCUACAUGAACACCAGCCCGUACACCGUGUCGCCAAACACCCGCAUCUCCCAGGUCUUCAACCUGUUCAGAACCAUGGGCCUCCGCCACCUGCCGGUGGUGAAUGCUGUAGGAGAAAUCGUUGGGAUCAUCACCAGACAUAAUUUAACCCACGAGUUCCUGGUGGCCAAACUGCGACAGCACUACAUCACGGUUUGACCCGACGCCACGCCGCUUCGACCUCCAGGCUUUAGUUCCGCAGAGCGGCGGCUUUCAGAGCAGAAGACCUUUUCCUUACUGCAGAGAUUUUUAGUUCCACCAACUAAGAGAUUUAAUCAUCAAUAGAUUCACUUUGGGGCAACUUUUAGCUUCGGCAACAAUAAACCAAGAAGGUUCUGAUCUCCAGAGAUAAGCCGGAUAAACAUGGAGGCGUUUUAGGGAAACCAUGGAAACCAACAUUCCCAGCAUGGUUUAUAAAACGCCAGACUGUAGAGAUCGGAGCGGAGCGAGGCUGCAGUUUAUCCAGACCAACCAUCAAUGAAUCAUGUCAGUGAUUUAUGGUCCAUCAGCGUUCAGCUACCGAUCAUCUCCUUUCUGACCAACGCUAGAGCUGCUAGCGGAGCUCCGCCUCCUCACUACAGGGACGCUUCUGAUUGGAUCUGUUCAGAAAAGACGAUUUGCAAACAGCUGGUGAGUUUAUAACGGCACAAUGAUUUAUAGGAUGGUUGAACUUUAUUGAUUUCACAUUGGAGUGGCAGUCUGUGGGGGCGGGGCUCAAACUCAGAACCUCUGGAUUCCAUAACCACUAGGCCGCCCCUCCCCCUUCAUCCUGAGGUCAUCCAAAGACUCCAGCCGCCUCCAGCAGGUGUGGAUGGACUUCUUAAGGACCUUCAAUCCUUCAAUCACCUGAUGCUUUAGUUCAAUGUUUUUUUUUGUGUGUGUUUUUGAGUCUUUGGGGAAUACUGACGGUUAUUCAUUCAUUCGCCUUCAACACAUCAACCAGGCGGCGACAGAAGUAAAGCCCUGAUCACACCGGCUGCGUCCGACUCUCUAAUCCUCCAAUCCGAUGUUUUUCUCCACGUCUCACUGAUUGCAUAUAGAGAAGCUCCGACUAGUCAGGAUGAGCAGAUCUAUGCAGAACCUUCUGUCUCUGUGCUACAAACACUAAAACCAUUUCCCACAUCUGACUGGAACAGAUUAUUGUUCCGGUCAGAUGUUGUUAAAUAAAAUCUACCACUGCAUUCUAUAAAGCAGAGCUCUACUUAACGAGUCUGUGCAGCAUCUAGAACCAGAACAGAUAGAGAAUGUUCAUCUAUUAAAAACAUAAUGAGAUUUACGCCUAAAGAAAAUAAAAACGCAGCAAUAAACGGUGUGGGACGGUUUCCAUGGCGACAGAGAGGUGAUUCUCAGAGAGAAGUUAGAGAGAGAUCCGCUGCGCUGAGCUGCUCUGUCUGCUCCUUCUGAUUCUGGAGGAUCUCUACUUUAUCCGUUUCUGUCCUCCUGAUCUCCCAUCAUGAGGAAAGUUUCUGUUUAAUGUUUUUGCUCCAGUCUGUCCUGUUUGCUAUAGACGCUAUGAGCGACUCCAGACUGACUCUUUCCCCUCAGAUUAACAGAUUUCAUUUAGUAUUUUCCUCCAAAGCGGAUGUUUUAACCACGUCUUUUCCUGUCAGACCCAUCAAAUUGCUGCUGAAUUGCUGCGUAAUCUGACUAACAUAGACCUGGGCUCUAUCAGUCGGAGCUACGCUGCCCCCUGCAGGAAACCAUCCCCAUUGACUAUCAAUGACCGCUAAACGCCGCCGCCUCUGAGGCUCCAUUUUCUGUUGGAUCGGACGCAGAAUCUGAUUUGUUCUGUUCUGGUCGUUGGGAAAUCAUAAAUGUUAAAUCAUUCUGGCUUAAACAUGUUUAUAAAUGUUCUCUUUAUCUGACCAGAUUGACCCAAAAUUUAGAAAAUUUCUAUUUAAAAUAAAAUCUGUGUUUUUUC